AUGGCCAACCGACGACAACGGCGUGUCAUAAUCAUCGCCGUGUUCUUAUUGGGGUUCUUCGCCUUCCAUACCCUGCGUUCGAACGAUCCACCACCACCUCGCGAACAUGGCAACAUUCGGCUUGUCAAGAGUAGCUUCGACUGGGCCAACCAUCCGCACAAGUACCCGAUAGCUCCAUCCUCCAUGCACCACCUGCCGACGGAACGUCCGAAAAGCCUUCCACGAGUCCAAUUCGAUUUCGGCGCAAAGCGCAUGCACAAGAACGACGCAACAUCCGAGUCGCGACGGCAGGCGGUUCGAGACGUCUUCGUUAAGAGCUGGACCAGCUAUAAGGAGUACGCGUGGGGGUUUGACGAACUGGCGCCCGUCACUGCUACGGGCAAGAACACAUUCGGAGGCUAUGCGGCUACCAUUGUUGACGCUCUGGACACGCUGUGGAUAAUGGGCUUGCGCGAAGACUUUGACGCUGCCUUGUCUGUCGUCGGGUCUAUGGAUUGGGAUGACACCAAAGAAACAGCAGUCAAUGUCUUCGAGACAACCAUUCGUCAUCUUGGUGGUCUCCUGAGCGCGUACGACCUUAGCGGAGAGCCCGUACUGCUGCUCAAAGCCAUUGAAUUGGGCGACAUGCUGUACGCUUCUUUUGACACGCCUAACCGGAUGCCACCCUUUUGGCUAGAUUUUGAGGCCGCGAAAGAGGGAAACCUCGUCGCGGGCACAGCCGACCCUUCGGCUUCGCCUUGCUCUCUGGGCCUUGAAUUCACGAGGCUGUCGCAACUCACUGGGGACCCCAAGUAUUUUGACGCUAUUGAGAGAGUUAAGCGUUUCUUGGAAAAGACGCAGCGCGAGAGCCAGUUGCCUGGCAUGUGGCCGGCUCUUAUCAAUUUCCGGGACCAGUCUGUCACACAACACACCGAGUUUACCUUGGGAGCCCUAGCCGACUCUUUGUACGAAUAUCUGCCCAAAAUGUUCGCCUUGCUUGGCGGGACCGAUCCGGCGUACGAAAACAUGUAUCGCCACGCCAUGCAUGUUGUCGAGCAGCACCUCCUAUUUCGCCCCAUGCUUCCCGAUGGCGAGGAUAUCCUCUUUUCAGGGACGGCAUUCGUUGAUGGCAACAUAAGAAGCAACCCUGAGAGCCAGCACUUAUCGUGCUUCGUGGGUGGCAUGUUCGGGCUCGGUGGCAAGCUGUUCGGAAUCAAAGAGCAUGUGGGCCUAGCUGAGAGGCUGGCUCGCGGUUGUGGCUGGGCCUACAGUUCUUUUCCUACAGGACUCAUGCCUGAAAUCUUUGGUAUGGUCACUUGCGAGACAUUGGAUGGUUGUGAAUGGGACGAGGAGCGAUGGAAGCGCGAAGGCGCCUCCGAUCUGAAAAAGGGGUUCUCCCAUGCUCGUGACCCGCGAUACAUCCUCCGACCAGAGGCUAUUGAGAGCAUCUUCCUAAUGUACAGAAUGACCGGCAACCCCGAAUACCAGGAAAUAGCCUGGAAAAUGUUCCAGUCGAUCGCUAAGGCGACCGAAACGCAGUAUGCAAACUCGGCUAUCGAAGACGUAACUGUCAAAGGCGAGACAAAGAAGCUGGAUUCAAUGGAGAGUUUCUGGCUGUCCGAGACGCUGAAAUACUUUUACUUGAUCUUUUCGCCUCCAAAUCUCAUCAACCUCGAUGAGUAUGUGCUGAAUACGGAGGCACACCCACUCAAGCGGCAAUCCCCCUGA